AAUGAAAUUUCGCUUUGCAACUCAAUGUUAACUUGGUAAAAGCGUCUCUUUAUUAUCGCUCAUAUAACUUGUCGCAAGUUCAUUAAAGUUAGACGUCAUUUUUUUGAUUUCCCAUUUACUCUGUUCCUCUGUAAAAAGUUUCCACUAUGCUGUUUCGUUUUGGCACGAUUACCCUGUUCUACAGUUCUUUACUGGCUUACUUGGGAGUUGCAAUGUUAUGGAAACCAGCAUUUGUAAUUGACAGCGGCCUUUCAGCAUUAAUUGGCGCUGCGAUGGAUUUGAAGCCUUUGGUGAGCAAUGAAAACAACCAGCCCGCGUUAGCCUUUAUGGGGAUUCUCUUUCUCGUGUUGUCAUUAAUGCACACUGUAGCUUACUUGCAGCAUAAUGUCUUGUACUUUAGUGCCAUGAUCCCUUUCCGUGCUAUUUUCGACUUUAUCUUCACGGCAUUUGUUUACAUAAAAAAGGAGCACGUACUCAGCAAUAAUGUUACCUUCACUUUUGCUUUCUGCGAUCUCAUGUGGCAGUUUUGGCUCUAUGCCUCAUUGAAUGAAGACAAAGCCAAGUUUGCCAAGCAGAUGAGAAAGGAAGCUGAAGCUGAAAAAAACAAGCAAAUGACUGAAUAGAUGUUAAGCUGUCAUUAUCUAGACAUGCCGCUAUAGUUUUAAGGUCCUUGUUUCACGGAUGCUUUACAAAAGUUCAGUUAAUUCACAAUUUCAAAAUUGCAUUCAUUGGGCACAAAAGUCCCCCCCCCCAGUGGGCAUAGUUUAAAAUUAAUUAUUUGCACGAAUGAUAAGAAUUAUUUAUUAUUUAGAAUAUUUAGUGCAAAAAAAAUGAGUAGGCAACGGUUUAGAUAUAUAGG